AUGGACUUAACUAAAGCAGGUGAAGAGCGUUUGUUGCAUCUAAAUGAGUUAGAAGAAAUGCGUAGUGAGACAUAUGAGAAUACCAAGCUAUACAAAGAAAGAACCAAGAAGCAGCAUGAUAAGAGUUUACUUCGUAAAUCUUUUGUCCCUGGAAUGAAAGUAUUAUUAUUUAACUCACGCUUUAAACUUUUUCCAGGAAAGCUUAGAUCCAGAUGGAACGGACCCUUUGAAGUAAUAACGGUUUUCAAUCAUGGUGCGGUGGAAUUACGUAACAUUAAGACCCAAGAACAAUUCAAAGUUAAUGGCCAUUGCUUAAAGCCAUACUAUGAAGGGAAGACCUAUGGACAUGAAGUGGAGUGCAUGGAAGCACCUCCAAUUUAA